UCCGAGGCGUGGGCCCCGGCCGCGGCAAUGGCGGAGAGGCCCGAGGACCUAAACCUGCCCAAUGCCGUCAUCACCAGGAUCAUCAAGGAGGCGCUCCCGGACGGUGUCAACAUCUCCAAGGAGGCCCGGAGCGCCAUCUCCCGCGCCGCCAGCGUCUUCGUGCUCUACGCCACAUCCUGUGCCAACAACUUCGCGAUGAAAGGGAAACGCAAGACGCUGAAUGCCAACGAUGUGCUCUCCGCCAUGGAGGAGAUGGAAUUUCAGCGGUUCGUUACCCCGUUAAAAGAAGCUCUGGAAGCUUAUAGGAGGGAGCGGAAAGGCAAGAAGGAAGCUUCAGAGCAAAAGAAGAAGGACAAAGACAAAAAAACAGAUUCGGAAGAGCAAGACAAGAGCAGGGAUGAGGACAACGAAGAUGAGGAAAGGCUGGAGGAAGAAGAACAGAAUGAAGAGGAGGAAGUGGACAACUGAAGAGGGUGGGGAGACACACCUUGGAAGGUACAGCUCUGAAACACCAUAUACGUUUGUGUGAAGCUUUUUCCUGCUGGGCAGAGUGGUCUUAGGCAGAAGCACCUGAGAAGAUCAAA